UCGCGUAAGUGGAUUGACAUUCUCUUCUGCAGGAGAGUAGAGCAUUCCCAUACUGCACCCCCCCUCUGGCUGUCCGCCAAGUCAGCUGACGCAGGAGCCAGCACUCCUUGCCAAGAAGUGAAUGAAGACACCUACUCCGAAGACGGAAGAUGUGCACGAAUAUUUACGGAACAUUCGAUUUGAGUGGAGGUACGGUACAUUUCGAUGUUUUGGUUAAGCAUUGCAUUGUGGAUUUGGCUGAUUCCGAAGUAUGGUACAGCUCAAAGCGGACACGAUUCCCAAGAUGAUCCCAGCACAUUCGGAGUACCGACUCUACUGCUUGGAUCCCUUCACCUCACGCUCUCUUCAAAGCUACUACUAGACAUACAAUCUCCCGCUGCAGCUCUCAAAGGGUAUCUAGGAUGGCUUCCACGGAACAGCAACAUGACGUACACAAGCUGCACAGGGGACGACUCGACGUUCGAUUCAAUAUGCCUCAGGUAUGGCAAAGAUAUGAAACUUCUGAUAACCCAGGAAAGUGACGAUAACUGCGAGGAGGACAGCAUGACAUGCCAAGCCGUAGAAUGUCACAAGAUUCAUUGGACCAAUCACAUUGGAGGUUCCAUGGAUUGCUUUUUACUCGGCGAAGAUGACUGGUACGGAGGUAGCGAAAUGAUCCACCAGAGGUGGCCCAUUCAGGACGAGAUGCGAUCGUGGUACCCUGCAGUUACUGGGGACCCUUUGCAUCACUCUUCUGGAAAUGUUGUCGAGAAUCUGUGGUUGUCUUCAAGUGGGUUCAGCAUUUUCGUUGAGCAUGAUGUUCCUCUGUUUGUGAGUUUUAAUGAAAGUGGCAGUGGAAAAAUGUGCUUUACGACGUCUUCCAAAAAGCAUCCCUAUGACAUGGAGAUGCAGGACAAUCAAGAUUUAACUUAUCAUAUCUGUUCCGCGUCCUCCGUGAAGGCAGCUCAUAUGUACAGUUUGCACAAAUGGAUCGAAAUACCAGAAGAUGUUCCCGAAGAAACAAUGUUCCAGUACCCAGUAUGGUCUACUUGGGCUAGAUAUAAGCGUCAUAUCAACCAAAGUGUAGUAAUGGCGUUCGUGAGUGAAAUAGUAUCGAUGGAUUUUCCAGUAAGCCAGUUGGAGAUCGACGACAAAUGGGAGAGCUGCUAUGGUGACCUAGAAUUUGAUUUGGAGAAGUUCCCAGAUCCUAAAGAGAUGGUGAAACAAUUGAGAGUAGAAGGAUUUCCUGUCACUUUGUGGGUACACCCUUUUUGCAACAUAGAAUGUAGCUGUUAUAAUGCUGGAAAAGAGAAUGAUUUAUGGGUCAAAGAUGUAAAAGGUGAGGUUCUAGAAGUGAAAUGGUGGAAUGGAGAUGAAGCAGCCAUUUUAGAUACAACUAACAAAGAGGCCGUAGAAUGGUUUGUACAAAGAUUAAAAAUUCUACAAUCUAAGUAUGGUAUCGCUUCUUUUAAGUUCGAUGCCGGAGAGGUUUUAUGGAUGAGAGAAAAUUUCGAGCUGAAUGAUCCAGAAGCAAAUCAACAACCCAAUUUGUUUUCGAAAUCGUAUGCAGAAAUUGCCUCGAGAUUCGGCAGGAGAGUAGAAGUGAGGAUUGGCUACGGUUCUCAGAACUUACCUGUUUUCGUUCGCAUGUUCGACAAGUUUUCCCGUUGGGAUUAUGAAAAUGGAUUGAAGACACUAAUCCCUAACGCUCUACAACUAUCAUUGAUGGGGUACUUUUUUAUUCUCCCAGACAUGAUUGGCGGGAAUAAUUAUGGUUCAUUGAAUGGCACUCUUCCAGAUCGAGAACUUUACAUUCGCUGGAUCCAAGCGACGGUGUUCUUGCCGGUCAUCCAGUUUUCAAUAGUGCCUUGGGAUUACGACGAGGAAGUGGUGUCCAUCGCAAAGAAGAUGGUGGAUCUGCACGAAAAGUAUGCAAAUUAUAUGCUCAAAACCGCAAUGGAAGCAACAGCCUCAGGCAAACCUAUCAUCAGGCCUCUUUGGUGGAUAGCCCCAGAUGAUGUCGAUGCUUUAAGGACAGAUUCUCAAUUUUUAGUAGGUGAUGAAAUAAUGGUAGCGCCAGUUUUAGUAAAAGGGAAGAAAAAAAGGAAUAUUUAUUUGCCAGAAGGACACUGGAGGGAUGUUCAGCGGGGCAAAACUCACGAAGGCCCGCAAUGGCUCUUCAGUUAUGAAGCACCUCUGAAUUUUCUACCAUUUUUUAUGAGACAGACUUGACAACAAAUUUAGCAUAUGAUUUCGAAAUUAGAACUUCUUUUCUCCAUUUGUACGUUAAAGGUUCAUAUAUUUUUUUUUAAAUCGUUUUUAUCGCUAUACAUUUGAAUACAAUAUUUUGUAAAAAAAUUGAUUUUAAAAAAGAUGUGAUAUUUCGUACAAAAUUUUACACACUAAAACUUAAUAUAUGCUGAAAAUAUUUAUAUAAAAACAAACUAUGAAAAUUUACCAUUUUAAUGAAAUUUUUACUUUACUCUAGGUUUAGAACGAAAAUUACCCCAGACAUAAUUAUUAUGAUUGUUUAUUUUUAAAAAUAAAGCUGCCGGAAUAUUUUCCGGAAAUCGAAACUGAAACGAUGUAUCGCACUGUCACUAUUUUAAAAAAAAAUAUUUCCUCCAUGUCAGCCAUUGAAAAAUAUCAAGAUAUCUAUAAUGACUACUACUGCAUAAACUUUUCCUUGGGCUGAUUUUAUGAUUAAGAAUCAAUAUUCCGUGGAUGAAUGCGGAACAUUUUUAUGAAAUGUUUUUAUAUUGUAUUUUAUAAUAUAAAAAUUGUUCUGUGUACAAAAAUGGAAAAAAAUAAAGUAAUUUCUAAAAAAUGAGCUUAUAUCCGAUAAUAGAUUUGAAGCACUAUUCUUCUUCGUUAAAGCCAAACGUAGAAGUAAAAAUUAUAUUUUCCUUCGUAAAAAAUUGGUUUCAUUAAGAAAUUAUUUCAUACAGAAACCAUAGUCAAAUGUUAAAGUUAUUCAAGAUUUUUAAUAACCGAAUCAGACUUCAAAACAUCUACUUAUAAUAAUUAUGGUAAAUUGUGUACCUGUUUAUGUGCUGGCGUUCUUCAGACCAUUUGAACUGAAGCUACCAAACUUGGCAACAUAUAUUCUUUGGAUGAUAGAAAUGUUCAUCUCGAAACAAUAUUUUUAAACAUUUUAGUUUCAGUUUUAAUUACUUAAAAAUUAAACGAAAAUUUUAGCGUUUUUCUGCGAUAGCUUCUCAAAAUUUUACUGCAGAAAGUGAUUUUUAUAUCAUACAUACAUAUAUCAUGCAUAUACAUACAUACAUAUACAUAUACAUACAUACAUAUACAUAUACAUACAUACAUACACAUACAUAUAUCAUGCAUAUACAUACAUACAUAUACAUAUACAUACAUACAUACACAUACAUAUAUCAUGCAUAUACAUACAUACAUAUACAUAUACAUACAUACACAUACAUAUAUCAUGCAUAUACAUACAUACAUAUACAUAUACAUACAUACAUACACAUACAUAUAUCAUGCGUAUACAUACAUACAUAUACAUAUACAUACAUACACACACACAUACACAUACAUAUAUCAUGCAAAUACAUAUAUUUUACGUGGUUUGCAAAUAUUUAUAUUUUACGUAAUUGAAUUCAAUAAAUAUUCUGAUGUACUGAAGAAUUUCAAAUUUUCAUACAGAUUAUUGGUCCUGUGAAUCAUACUUAAUAAGAAAAUUUUCAGACACUGAAAUUUUGAAUCAAAAAACGUUGCAUUUUUCUACAAAUAAAACUGACCUUGUUAUGUAAAACUAAGUAUAAUGAUUUAAUAAAAACGCUUAAUUUUUUAUCAUCUUAUGAACCUCCUCUUGUAGACAUAUCAAUCAGUAUUUGGAAUUUCACCAAAGUCAAUUCACCUAAAAUAAUGAAAUCGUUAAUUGUGCUAAAUAUAAGUAUAUUUUAUACUUUAUAAUUCGAUCCAAUUCGGUGGCAGAUGAUUAAAACGUAUUUUUAUUUAAAAGUUGGAGUGUCAAGAAUUCUCAACUGAUUAUGAUUCAAAAGAACCGAAGGACUGCGUAAAAUUUAGACUUCGUAAUUUUUUCAGAAGUACAUUAAUUGACUGAAAUAACUUAAAUAUUAUUAUUUAUGACAUUUAAAUAUUUUUGAAAGUAAAUCUUAAUUUUAUAAAGGAUCAGAAAAUUUUUUA